AUGCAUCCUGACACGCUCGAUUUAUCAUUCAUGAAUUUGAACAAAACGUCAAUGUACGAUUACACAUCCAUCCCUUAUCCUUCUGUACAUGCCAAGGAGCCAGCUCCACAGCCACUGUCGGAUACCACACAUCCACAGCGUAAAAGGACACGAGCCACCCCUGAACAGCUUGCUGUUCUGGAAAAUGCAUUCAGUGUCAAUCCAUCCCCCAAUAACCGUGUCCGUGUCCAACUAUCACGUCAAUUGGGCAUGUCCGAACGUACUAUCCAAAUAUGGUUCCAGAAUCGUCGAGCCAAAAUGAAAAACAUGGCCAAGCGUUCCGCCGUGUUCCAUGAUCAAACUUUACGCAUGCAACAACUGGCAGCCGCGGCAGCCACCGCCGCAUGUCAGGCCAACGCGUUCCAGCAACAGCAGACCUCUCCCAACGGUACCGUCACGCCUAAUCCCGACUUGUACUAUUACUAUUAUUACUACUACUACAAUCAACAACAACAACAACAGCAACAGCAACAAGCCCAAUACGGUCGCGGUCUUUUGCCAUCGGGCCCUCCUCCCACGACCGCUUCGCUUGACAAUUCCAUACCUCCACUGUUGUUCCAAGCACUGCCACCACCUCCACCACCACCUUUAUCACUAGCCCUUGGCCCCUCCUCAUCUUCCUCCUCCUCAUCCAUGGGCCCGGUGCCAAUGUCUUCCGACAGUACCUCGAGUCAGAGCAGCUAUCAGUGGACACCGCCGCCACCUCCUUUGACUGCCGUCAAUCUCGCCCCAUCAAUGUCUACUCCCACCAACAAUGGACGGCUUUUACACGGAUACCGAUCCAUGGGCAGUCACGAUGGUCGUUUGAGAGCGCACUCCGUGGGUCCCUAUCCUUCCUACUCUUCACUGUAUCGCAAACAGAAUUCUCAGCAUGAACGGCACGCCUCUGUAGACCCGUCAGCGUAUCACAGGGUUCACCGGUCGUACACAAUGGCUUCUCCCGCACCACCAACGGACAGUGGCCAUGCGCUUCUCCUUUCCAACAAACAAAUAGCCACCGAGAACACGCAUCUUCGCAUUGACACAACGUUGGGUAAUAUGAAUAUGCAUUAUAACAGCACCGGUAUGGAUACCAGUCAUACCCUGACAAGCACGGGUCUAUCCACUUGUACUUGGCCCGAAGAGUAUCCAGAGUAUCCCCCUUCACUAGCGCUCGCAACCCCGUUAUCUGCAGAGAAUACUGUAUGCACACUGUACCCGUUAUCAACAGAAGCCUUGCAGAUUGGUACAUGGAGGCGCAUGAACCUUGAUUCUCAAGACUUGAUGUGCUUUUACGAUGGGCAGCAGCGUGCUUUUGUCUGGUCGAUUCAUGACGGUCAUCAGAAAUUCAAGAUGAAAAUUGGUCUUCAAGCCAUCCAAGGACUCGAAUUACAUCCUGUCGUUGAUCAACCGGGUUACGUCCGGCUCGUGGUCCAGGUGUGGCAGCCCGAAGCGAUCGAGUACUACAUGGAAGAUAACUCCGACGUCUGGAUUCAAUGUCAAGAUUACACUCAAGACAUCCAAGCCAGUUUGGUCUAUGAGCAUCAUUUGGAAGGGUCCGCGAAUGCUUUGAGAGCAGACAUGAUCCGGCUGGCGAUGCAUGAACCGGUGAUUCAGUCCAUGUUUCUGGAUACCACUCUUAUUCCUACCCAUGAGGACGGACAAGUAUCGACGUCCCAUCAAGUGUCGUCCAACCCAUCAGGCCAAGAACUCGCCCAUUCAGCGGAAGAUCAAGGACAGCAAGGCUUAUUACUUGUUCAGGGCAUGUCACCUCAGGGAUAG